UUAAAAGAGCAAGACAAAAAUGAUACGGACUCUUAUUUUGACUUUAAACAUCCUACAAUUUUGUAUAAUUGUUCCUUGUACUAAUAAACAAUUAUUUAUUGGUACAACUAACAAUUAUACAAAAUUGACAAAUUUAUUUGCACAAAAUGACAAAAAUCUGAAUAUAUUACAACUUACUUUAUUCCAAUAUUUGCACCAUUAGUCCUUCAUUGGUGAACAAUGGGACUUUUCUUAGCAUUGAUUUUAUAACCGUUCACAUUAAUUUGCAAUAGAGAGAGACACACAAAGUUUUAGGAUAGUUUAAUUAAUUGGUUGAGAGAAGAAUUAAGAAAGUGAAAAAAUGGUGAUGCAGGUUGACAAGAAAGAGAGAAAAAUAGUGGUGAGUAAGCCACUACAAGUUGCAAAAGAAUCAGAUUCAGAAGAAGGUUACAAUGCCCCAAAUCUUUUACAACGCUUAUUAAGUUUAUUCAAGAAUGUACGGUCAGGAUCUGAUCUCACAUCCCUCCAGUUGCCACCAUUGUUUAACUUACCAAAAUCCCAACUACAAUGCUAUGGUGAAUCAGUGUAUUGCACUGCUUCAGACAUACUAAGCAUAUGCAACAGAGGACAGAGUCCACUAGAUAGGUUCAUAUCUGUUGUAGCAUGGUGCAUAUCUACCACACGUCCGGCAUCUUUUGGGGUUGCUCCUUAUAAUCCUAUUCUUGGUGAGACACAUCAUGUUUCAAAGGAAAAUCUUAAUGUCUUACUUGAACAGGUGUCGCACCACCCUCCGGUAACGGCCCUCCACGCAACUGAUGAGAAGGAAAAUAUUGAAAUCAUAUGGUGUCAGCAACCUGUUCCUAAAUUUUAUGGCACAUCAGUUGAAGCUCAAGUGCAUGGUAAAAGGGAACUGAAGCUCUUAAACCAUGGAGAAACAUAUGAGAUGAAUUGUCCUCAUCUUUUAUUUAGAAUUCUACCAAUUCCUGGUGCUGAUUGGGUUGGCACGGUUGAUAUAAGGUGCUUAGAGACAGGGUUAGUAGCUGAGUUAACUUACAAGUCAAGUCAUUCAUUUCUAGGACUUGGUGGAAAUCAUAAAGUCAUCAAAGGGAAGAUCCUUGACUCUUCAUCCUUGGAAGUUCUAUAUGAAAUUGAUGGUCAUUGGGAUAGGACUGUAAAACUGAAAGAUAGAAAAAAUGGGAAAGUUAGAGUGAUAUAUGAUGCAACAGAAGUCAUGUCAGGACUAAAAGCACCCAUUCUCAAGGAUGAAGAGUGUGUGUGGCCAACAGAAUCAGUGAAUGUUUGGAGUGAAUUGAGCCAAGCCAUAAUGACCAAAGAUUGGGAGAAAGCAAGAGAAGCAAAGCAAGUAGUGGAGGAGAGACAAAGGGAGCUUGUUAGAGAAAGAGAGUCAAAAGGAGAAAAUUGGAUUCCUAAACAUUUUGUAGUGUCUUACAGCAAAGAAGUAGGGUGGGACUGUUCACCUAUUCAUCAAUGUGUAUCAGCUGCUCCUAUCAUAGCACUAUAAUUGUUAGCUAUGUAAUUUUAUUAUUUUUUAGUUUUAUUUGGUGUAAAAAAAAUUGAUGUGCAAUUAUGUACUUAAUUAUCAAAAUGGACAAAGUUUUAUUUUAGAUUGGUUUAUUGUGAAGAAGAUAAAAAGUUCUUUAAAGGAGUACAUGAACUUUUUAUUAAUUUAGGUGAAAUCUUGAUGAUGGAUGUAAUACA